AUCUAACUCCCUUUCUUUUCUCUAUCCGUUAAAUUACCCCUCCCUAAAUUCCCUUCCAAUCUCCCUAUUCCCCCUCCCCAAAUAAAAAAACAAAUCUACACAAUGUCAUCCCAGUCUCCGCCAGUCCUCCCGAUCACAAACCAGCAACAACCACCCGCCGCUGCCGCCUCCCAACCACCUCUCCCUCCACACGCCCUCCGCGCAUUCCUCAACAACAUUACCGAAUCCGUCCGCAACGGUUUCGCCCAACGCCGCCCCUUUUCCGAACUAAUCGACCGAUCCGCUUUCUCUAAACCUGAAUCCAUAUCCGAAGCCACAACUCGCAUCCGUAAAAACUACUCCUACUUCCGCAUCAACUAUCUUACCGCUAUUUCCGUAAUCCUCGCAUUUUCCCUCCUUUCUCACCCUUUCUCUCUCCUCCUCCUCCUCGGCCUGCUCUGUUCUUGGCUUUUCUUGUAUCUCUUCCGCGCUUCGGAUCAGCCUUUGGUCCUCUUCGGCCGGACUUAUAGUGACCGUGAAACGCUCGGGAUUCUGAUUGCAUUGAGUGUUUUCGUGGUUUUUCUAACUAGUGUCGGAUCUGUGAUAAUAUCGGCGCUUUUGGUCGGUGUUGGGAUCGUUUGUGCUCAUGGUGCUUUUCGUGUUCCUGAGGAUCUUUUCUUGGACGACGUUCCAGAAAAUGCAAACACUGGCUUCUUGUCUUCCUUCCUCGGCAGCGCUGCCUCCAAUGUUGUUUCCUCUGCGGCGCCUCUUGUGGCAGCCGCCCGUGUUUGAGGAUUGGUUAAAUUGAUAGAUGAAAUAAAUACAGAAUUUAUAUGAAUAAUGGUUAAAAUUGUCUUCUUUUUUUUGGAUUUUGUAAUUGUGGAAACGGAUCUAUAAAUUCUUUCCUUCCUUCAUUUUUUUAGGAUGCAAUUCAUAUGAUUGGGCUGUAAUUAGUUUGAUUUGAAGAUUACUGAAUUUGCAUCUUGUCUAUAAGUGAUUGGAUGGUUCAUAUUUGAUGUACGUUGUAGACAGAUGCAUGGGAUCUUCCUGGUCAUGCACGGCUAGGAGAUAGUUGUGAUCUUACCGGCAGAGUCCAAUGGCUGGGAUUGCUGAUGAACUUUCUAGAUAGUCUAAUUGGAAUGCAUGGUCAAUCAAAUAUUCAGGAUUUGGGGAAAUUGCAUCAAGUGCUGUAGCAGUCCUGCAAUUCAGGGCGUACUUAGAUACGGUGGUCUCCUUUGGAUUCGUUGCUCGCUAAUCUGCACCUGCUAUUCUCUAUUUGGCAUUCCCUUAGAUGCAAAUAAUUGUAGGCUUAAAUGGAUCAAUUCUAUGUUAAACUUGUGAUUUUGUCAAUCUUAGGAUGGGGUCUAAAUACACUACUUUCCUCUUUAUCCUUUUUUGAGAUCAAUGUAACGGAACUUGCGUCAUGUUGAUAGUAUAAUCUGAAACAGGCCAUUUGCUGCUUGCCAUCUGAUUUA